AUGUCCUCCACUUCUACUCAGAACAUACCGACACCCUCAACCCUUUUCAAUCCUGCCAUGACACCUCAGACGGCUCAUGUAAGGCGCACACGCCCGAGCCAUGUCCAGACUAUUCUCCCCUCCAACACGCAACACCAACAGCACCCACCUACUAUACCCGCCUCUGCAAUAAGCGCCUCCUCGGUGGCUUCAAACUCACAACAGGGCUCGCCCAUCAUGUCCCCUGAGACCGCCGUCAUGACAUCCAACAGCUCGCUUCAGGCAUCCCCUGAGCAUCGAGGCCGUGAGCUCCUCGACGACCAGUUCCCCACCGGCCCCUUCCAGCUGCCAGAGUCGGUCAUCUCGAGGAAAACGAGUGACAAUUCACUUGGUCAGACCCUCGUCGGCAGUCCCAGCGCAAUGUCCGAGGCCGUGAGCAAAAGCGGCAAUCUCAUGAGGCGUCUGUCGAACAAGACUAGGGCCUGGAAGAACCGUCGCAGGACGUCCUCCGCCGCCCCUAACAGCCGUGACGGCAGCGUGGGCCCCGGCAUCCUCCGUCGGAGGAGUGACAGCAACACCACGGCUCCGCCCGACUUUGCCGCGUAUAGCGAGUCGGACGACGAUUUCAUUGAUGAUAUCGAAGAUCUGCGGUCCUUGAUUGGCGGCCUCGACGGGGCUCUCCGAGAAUCCUCAUCGAAUAGCACAACUGCCUCACUCGCCGGCUCCACCUCCCCUUCCAACACCACUGCCGGCCCCGUCAUACCCUUUCAGUUGCUCAAGGGCACCUGGAUUAGGAAGGUCUCGAAGAAGAACUGGAAGAAGCGUUUUAUCCUGGUUCUUGAGCCUGACGCGGCCAAGAUCUCGUGGGACAAGAACCGACCCCACAAGUGCCUUUACAUUGACGACAUCAAGGAGGUCAGGACUGGCUCCGAUAUACGGCAGUAUCGGAUCGACCACGGCGUGCCCGAGACCGAAGAGUCCAGGUGGUUCUCCAUCAUGUACUCGGUGCCCGAUAAGUCCAAGACAAAGAUGAUGCACCUCGUGGCCGACGACGCAAGCACCUUCUCCAAUUGGGUCACCACACUCGGGGCUAUCUCCAAGCAUCGACAGGACCUGAUGGCCUCCUUGAUGGCGUUCAACGACCGAGCGAUCCGCGAUUAUUGGCUUCAUGAGAUGACCAAACAAGGCGGUGAGAAGCCACUCUCCCUCGACGACGGCGACAUCGACUUUGAAGGGGUUCAGCGGGUCUGCCGGAACCUCCACAUCCAUGCGUCGCCCAGUCAGCUCCGCGCUAAGUUCCACGCGGCUGACGUUACUGACACCGGCCGCCUGAACUUCUUCGAGUUCCAGACUUUUGUGGGCUACAUGAAGCGUCGUGACGACAUCCGUCAUAUCUACCACCAGAUCGCUGCGAAUCCGGACAUGGGCCUCACCGUUAAGGAGUUUCUGGACUUCUUGCGCAACGUCCAAGGGGAGAACAUCGACGCCGACCUUGCCCCCUGGGAGGCCCUGUACAGCAAAUUUGCCCGCAAGUUUAAGUCAAGAGAUGCGGACGCGGUCCAGACCGACGGCCCGAAGAUGGGCGACGCAGCUUUUGCGGCAUUCCUGACAUCGACUUACAACCUGCCCGUGCACAAGGAGCCCAAGGAGUACACACUCGACCGACCACUGAACGAGUACUUCGUUUCCAGCUCGCACAACACCUACCUGAUGGGCCGUCAAGUUGCCGGCCUUUCCAGCGUCGAGGGCUACAUCUCGGCGCUCGCCCGUGGUUGCCGCUGUGUCGAGGUGGACUGCUGGGAUGGUCCCGACGGUCAACCAACCGUCAACCACGGCCGGACCCUCACCACUUCCAUCAGUUUCCAGGAAACUAUGACGACGAUCAACAAGUACGCCUUUGUCAAGACCAAGUACCCCCUGUGGAUUUCCCUUGAGGUACACUGCAACCCUCAGCAGCAGGCUGAGAUGGCUCGCAUCAUCAAGGAGACCUUCGGUGCGCGUCUCGUCACCGUACCGCUCGACUCGUCCGACAAGCUUCCCUCGCCCGAGCAGCUCAAGGAGCGAGUCCUGAUCAAGGUCAAGCGCCCGCAGCCCACUCCGGAGCCCAAGCCAGCAGAGACAACCGGCCGCCGUCGCGGCAAUAGCCUAACGUCGCCGUACCCAAAACCGGUCCAACUCGACAACAGCAUCAUCCCGUCUCAGUCCCUGCCUCAGAGCCCCAUCUUGAGCCCCAGCCAUUCCUCCCGCCGGCUCGUAAGCAAGAGCCGCGUCAACACCAUCACCGAGGGAGAGGUGCAGGACGCACUGAGCAGCAGCACGAGUGAUAACGACAGCGCCGGUGAGCGGAUCCCCCCUAGACGGUCGUCAAACAAGACAGUCAAGGUUCUGGGAGACCUGGGCGUGUAUUGUGCCGGAGUCAAGUUUGGCGGGUUCGACGCCCCCGACGCAAAGGCGUACAACCACAUCUUUUCGUUCAUGGAAUCGAGUUUCAUGAGGAACAGCAAGUCCAAGGAGGAGCGGAGGGCCAUCGAACGCCACAACAUGCGGUACCUCAUGCGGGUUUACCCCGAUCGCACCCGAAUCACCUCGAACAACUUCAACCCCGUCACUUAUUGGCGUAAGGGCGUGCAGAUGGCGGCUCUCAACUGGCAGACGUUCGACCUAGGAAUGCAGCUCAACCAGGCCAUGUACGAGAGUGGCACCGACAAGUCCGGAUACGUGCUCAAGCCCAUUGAGCUUCGCGAGAUCAAGGUGAUGCCUCAAGAAUGGUCCGGCUUCAGGGAACGUGAGGAGGUUACCUUUAGUAUCGACGUCAUCUCGGCUCAGCAACUCAUGCGACCCAACGGCAUGCCCAAUAACAAGACGGUCGACCCAUACGUGGAGGUCGAGGUAUUCCACUCCAGCGACAAGAGGGAGAAGAGGGAUGUGGACCCCACUGAGGCCCCCUCCACCGACUCACCGCUCAAGUUCCGGACGCGCGUCAUCCCGGAGAAUGGCUUCAACCCGAUUUUCGAUGGCAAGUUCACCUUUAAGGUGACCACCAAGUUCCCCGAGCUCAUCUUUGUUCGCUGGUCGGUCAAGCUCUCCCAUAAUGGCGAGAGUUACAACGACCGUCCACCCGUUGCCACGCACACCGCCAAGCUCAACGGCCUCAAGCGCGGUUACCGCACGCUUCCCCUCUUCGACCACAACGGCGAGCAAUACCUCUUUUCAACCCUCUUCUGCCGCAUCAACAUCGACAAUGUCCAGACUGUCUUGAUCAAGCACGAUGAGGCGUCAGAGACAACCGGCGCCACCAAACCUCGCGGGGUCGGACGUGUCUUCAACACGUUCGGCACGCGCUCCAACAACAUUAGCCCCAAGUCCAGCAUGGACAAGUCGAGCUACGAAGGCUAG